AUGCCUCGUUCUUCUCGCACAGGUGAGUUGAUUUUCGAUCCGGAGGUAGAAAAGACUGCACGCCGAACUAGAAAAGAGACUAGGCAACUCAGAGAGGAGCAGUCUAGCAUAGCUUCUCAGGAACUAGAUUCAGAGAUCGAAUCAUCAGAUUCAAGUGGUGAUAGUUUAAGUGACCAAGGCCAAGAGGACACCCUUAUGGCGAAUGCAAGAACACUAAGGGAGUUGGCUGCUCCAGAAUUGCCCCAACAGCCCUUAUGCAUCACUUUUCCAACAUUAGCUGAAAAUACCUCAUUCGAAUUGAAGUCAGGGCUAAUUCACCUAUUACCCACGUUUCAUGGCCUCUCGAGUGAAGAACCCCAUAAACACAUCCAAGAGUUCGAUGUGGUAUACUCCAGUAUGAAGCCUCCAAGCAUUACAGAGGAGCAGAUCAAACUCAGGGUCUUUCCUUUCUCCCUUAAGGAUGCAGUAAAGGAUUGGUUAUACUACCUACCUGCAGAAAAUAUCACAACAUGGGCCCAACUUAAGAAGAAAUUUUUGGAGAAAUUCUUCCCUGCAUCCCGGGUUGUAAGUCUGAGAAAAGAGAUAUGCAGCAUUAAGCAGUAUCCUGGAGAGUCUCUAUAUGAUUACUGGGAAAGAUUCAAUAAGUUGUGCACUAGAUGCUCACAACAUCAAAUUAGUAAACAACUAUUGAACCAAUAUUUCUAUGAGGGAUUCCAAUCGUCCGACAGGAGUAUCAUUGAUGCUGCAAGUGGGGGAGCAUUAGUGAACAAGACACCAAGGGAAGCAUGGCUACUUAUUGAAUCGAUGGCAGAGAAUUCUCAACAGUUUGGCUUCCGUGAGAGUAACCCUACCCGUAGGGUCAACGAGGUAGAGACGUCGUCCAUUCAGCAGCAGAUAUCGGAGCUGACAUCUUUUGUACGACAAUUAGCUGUGGGAAACAUGCAUCAAGCAAAGGCCUGUGGAAUUUGCACAAAUAUGGGCCACCCUACUGACUCCUGUCCUAUGUUGCAAGAGAAUGGGGCUGAACAAGUGAACAUGACUGGAGGCGUGCCCGCGCCUCGAAAACCGUACGACCUAUACUCCAACACGUACAAUCCAGGUUGGAGAGAUCACCCCAAUUUCAGUUAUGGGAAUAGGCCACAGAAUUCAUUCUCUAAUCAUCCACCAGGAUUCCAACAACCGUGGCAACAAAAGCCUCAACCCUCGUCCUCCAACUCAGGGAGUUCCUUGGAGGAAAUUGUCAAGAGUUUGCCCACGACCACUGCUCAACUCCAGCAAUAG